AUGAAGCUUAAAAAUUGGCUUGCAAGUGUUUUGUUGCUCAUUACUGCUAUGCUAACCACUACAUUUGCCCAUCAGAUUACUCAUGUCCGUCUUUAUGAUGCAAAUGCGCACUUACUACAAGCCCUUUCAAACACCAGCAUUGACGUUAUUGUUGGUGUCACCAAUGAAGAGGUAUUGAGAAUCGGAGAAUCUCCUUCAGCAGCUGCUGCGUGGAUAAAUAAAAAUGUAGUUGCUUAUGUACCGUCCACCAAUAUCAUGGCAAUAGCUGUUGGGAGCGAGGUUCUUUCCACAAUCCCAAAUGUUGUUCCUGUUCUUGUUCCUGCCUUGAAUUCUCUCCACAAAGCUCUGGUUGCGGCUAACCUUAACUUCCGAGUCAAGGUUUCGACUCCAUCAAACAGCAGCAAACCCCUUCAAUCUUCACCGUUACAACCCACCUUCUUCUUCCCUUUCGCCCUCUUUUCUCAACCACCUCCUUCACAUGAUGCAUCCCCUCCAUCUGUUUCUCAAUCACCUCCUUCCCCUUCAACUGUUCCACCUCCACCCACAUUGCCAUCAACUCUUACUUCAGGACCUGCAGCAACUCCUACUAACGAAACAGUACAUGGUGACAGUCCAAUUGUGCCAUUUCCAUCUAUACCAAGUGUUAACGGUUCUGAUAAUAUAGCCACAAACAACGCUCCUUCAUAUUCAGGAGGGUUAAAUACCGGAGCUGCUGUUACUAUUGGCGUUGUAGUUAGUUUAAUUGUCCUCAGCCUUCUUGGUAUCGCUGUGUUCUUUGUACAGAAAAAGAAAAAGGGAAAAGGAUCCAGAUCUGAUUAUGCUGCGCCUUCUCCGUAUACCUCAUCUCACAAUUCAGGUCAAUACUUAGCUCUCUCAAAAGUAAUUCUCUAUCAAAAAUCCAAAUAUUAUUCAACCUCCUCCUUCAUAUGGGCCUUUCCCUUAUUCUAG